AGGCGGGUCCCGCCGACCGGAGAGAGCUUGGGCGGCCUUUCUAGAUAGCGGUAUCCGUGGCGGUAGCGGCCAGGCCGUGAGGGUCUCCCUGCUUUGGUCGGGCUGCGGGCAGCUCGGGCAGGCCGCGGGUGCUGGAGGUGGAAGAAGAAAGGUGCCACUUUGGCAUGAAGACAGACUCGCUUAGUCGUCAGUCAUUUAAGCUGAGUGCAUUGUGAUUUCCAAUAAUUGAGGCAGUGGUUCUAAAAGCUGUCUACAUUAAUGAAAAGAGCAAUGUGGCCAGCUUGACUAAGCCGCCAGCGUGUGCAGCGCGGGCAGGACGGUACCCGGGUCUCAACGGACUUGUGCAUGUUAGCUGUAUAGAUUUAUGUAAGGUUUUUUAAAACUCUGGUCUUUUAAAAUAGUCUUAACCACUUUUACUAUGGAGACAUAUGAGAGUCCCUCUCCUCUCCCGCGUGAGCCCGCAGGAGAAGCAGUGAUGGAGAACCGAGCUUGCCCCCUCCAAGCGCUGCCCCGUGAACAGUCUCCACCACCUCCCCUGCAAACGUCCAGUGAUGCAGAGGUAAUGGACGUUGGCUCUGGUGGUGAUGGACAGGCCGAAUCCCCUGCUGAGGACCCGCUCAACUUCUACGGAGCUUCUCUUCUCUCCAAAGGAUCCUACUCUAAGGCCCGCCUCCUCAUAGACCCGAACUGUAGUGGCCACAGCCCGCGCACCGCCCGGCACGCACCUGCGGUCCGGAAGUUCUCCCCUGACCUUAAGUUGCUUAAGGAUGUAAAGAUUAGCGUGAGCUUUACCGAGAGCUGCAGGAGUAAGGACAGGAAGGUGCUGUACACAGGAGUGGAGCGCGACGCUCGCGCAGAUUGCGGUCUGGCCCUUAGCCCUGUCAGUGGAGACGUGCAUGCUUGUCCUUUUGGCGGGAGUGUUGGGAACGGGGUAGGCGUAGGGGGUGAGAGUGCUGAUAAGAAGGAUGAGGAGAAUGAGCUGGAUCAGGAAAAGAGAGUGGAGUACGCAGUGCUCGAUGAGUUAGAAGAUUUUACUGACAAUUUGGAGCUAGAUGAAGAAGGAGCAGGCGGGUUCACGGCUAAAGCAAUCGUGCAGAGAGACAGAGUGGAUGAAGAGGCCUUGAACUUCUCCUAUGAGGAUGAUUUUGACAACGAUGUCGAUGCUUUGCUGGAAGAGGGCCUUUGUGCUCCCAAAAAGAGGCGAAUGGAAGAGAAAUAUGGAGGAGACAGUGACCAUCCGUCUGAUGGAGAGACAAGUGUGCAGCCAAUGAUGACCAAGAUUAAAACAGUGCUAAAAAGUCGUGGCCGUCCUCCUACGGAACCGUUGCCUGAUGGAUGGAUCAUGACAUUCCAUAACUCUGGAGUCCCCGUGUACCUACACAGAGAGUCUCGGGUGGUCACCUGGUCCAGGCCGUACUUCCUGGGAACGGGAAGCAUACGGAAACAUGAUCCUCCUCUGAGUAGCAUUCCCUGUCUGCAUUAUAAGAAAAUGAAGGAUAAUGAGGAAAGAGAGCAAAGCAGUGAGCUUGCCCCCAGUGGGGAAGUGUCCCCUGUCAAGCCGCUGAGCCGAUCUGCAGAGCUGGAGUUCCCCCUGGAAGAGCCUGACUCCAUGGGAGCUGACUCAGGGCCCCCUGAUGAGAAGGACCCACUGGGGGCUGAGGCUACCCCUGGGGCCCUGGGGCAGGUGAAGGCAAAGGUCGAGGUGUGCAAGGAUGAAUCAGUUGAUCUUGAGGAAUUUCGGAGCUACUUGGAAAAGCGUUUUGACUUUGAGCAAGUCACUGUGAAGAAAUUCAGGACUUGGGCUGAGCGGCGGCAGUUUAACCGAGAAAUGAAACGGAAACAGGCAGAGUCUGAGAGGCCCAUCUUGCCAGCCAAUCAAAAACUCAUCACUCUGUCUGUGCAGGAUGCACCCACAAAGAAAGAGUUUGUCAUUAACCCCAACGGGAAGUCCGAGGUCUGCAUCCUGCACGAGUACAUGCAGCGGGUUCUCAAGGUCCGCCCUGUUUAUAAUUUCUUUGAAUGUGAGAACCCAAGUGAGCCUUUUGGUGCCUCGGUGACCAUUGAUGGUGUGACCUAUGGAUCCGGAACUGCAAGCAGCAAAAAACUUGCGAAGAAUAAAGCUGCCCGAGCUACGCUGGAGAUCCUUAUCCCUGACUUUGUCAAACAGACCUCUGAGGAAAAGCCCAAAGACAGUGAAGAGCUUGAGUAUUUUAACCACAUCAGUAUCGAGGACUCACGGGUCUACGAGCUGACCAGCAAGGCCGGACUGUUGUCUCCCUAUCAGAUCCUUCACGAGUGCCUUAAAAGAAACCAUGGAAUGGGUGAUACAUCCAUCAAGUUUGAAGUGGUUCCUGGUAAAAACCAGAAGAGUGAAUAUGUCAUGGCGUGCGGCAAACACACAGUGCGCGGCUGGUGUAAGAAUAAGAGAGUUGGAAAACAGUUAGCCUCUCAGAAAAUCCUUCAGCUGCUGCAUCCACAUGUCAAGAAUUGGGGGUCUUUAUUGCGCAUGUAUGGUCGCGAAAGCAGCAAGAUGGUCAAGCAGGAGACCUCGGACAAAAGUGUGAUUGAGCUGCAGCAGUAUGCCAAGAAGAACAAGCCAAACCUGCACAUCCUGAGCAAACUACAGGAGGAGAUGAAGAGGCUGGCUGAGGAGAGGGAGGAGACACGAAAGAAACCCAAGAUGUCUAUUGUGGCGUCUGCCCAGCCUGGUGGCGAGCCCCUGUGCACUGUGGACGUAUGAGGGAGGCAGCAGGGUCAGGCGCGGGGACUGCCAGCUCUGCUGCCAGGGAGACCUCACGCCACUCACUCUGCAGCCUCGGGCCUCCGAUCUGAGUUCCUCCCCUGCGGCCAGGCUUCUGCCAUCAGGGCCAGAGGGGUGGGGCUCUGGUGCAUGGGGACAACAGGGCCACGAAGCUCUUCCUUGGGGGCCGCCCACAGGUCUGAGUGGGCGUGUUCAAGGAUGGACUCUGCUUGUCCACACAGGUGGAAGCCAAGAGCUUGACAAUAACUGUGGAUAACCUCUGCUUAUGUGGACUUGCUGCAGACUGGUUUGAUGAAGGUUUUCAUGUGUGUCAGUACAUAACAUGCACUGACAAAUGUCAGAUAAAAUGAGAAAGUGGUGGCAAAGUUCUGUGGUACCCUGUGCCCAGGGUUCCCGCAGACCACUGCAGGGACCUGGUCAGAAGGCGCACGCUGGGACCCCCAUCCCCUUCCCUGCCUCUUGUGUUUUCCCUUUUUCUCUGAAAAGGUUACAACAGGAAGGAGUAUUUCAGACCUUUUUGGUUUAAAAUAAACACAAUUUUAGAAUCAGAA